CAAUGAUUGCUAACCGGUUCCUCGUUAGCUCGAAUGGAAAAUGUCCGUCUCUGUCUGAUGAUUUUUUUUUUUUAUUUGUUGUCUGAGUGAACGAGGGCUGCUCAUCAGGACGAAACUUAACAAGCCGCCGUUUAACAUUCCGGCCCCCGGCCCACGACUUGCUCCGCUCGGUAUGACAAAGAGCAGCCCCCCCCCAUGCAUCUGCAAGCGCGGAUUGCAGUGGACCGACAAUGAGCGUGUUUUCAAGGGACACUAUGUACCUGAAUAGGUUAACUACAGAAGAUGGACGGAGACAGCUCGACCACGGACGCCUCCCAGCUGGGCAUCGCCGGAGAGUACAUGGCAUCCGGUCACUACGUGCUCCAGUCUCAAGAUGACGACUGCGAGGAGAGCCUGAACGACCACGAUGACGGCGGCAUCAAGGAGAACUUCAGGGAGCAGGACAUCUACCUUCCUAUCGCCAACGUGGCUCGCAUCAUGAAGAACGCCGUCCCUCAGACUGGAAAGGUUAGUGGGACGGAGACGGGACGUAGCACCCUUUUAACAUAG